GUUGUUGUGUCGCCGCCUUCCGCUACAUACAGCCUGGAGCUAAUGUGCUGCGUGAACAUUUUUAUUUUAAAGCUAUCAUCACUGAGUUAAUGUCAAUAUAUUCAUAACACCGGUACUGGAAGCACUGACAAGCAGCUAUGUCGCUGUAUGAUGACCUCGGUGUGGGAGCCAGUGACACUAAGACCGAAGGCUGGUCCAAAAACUUCAAGCUGCUUCAGUCCCAGCUGAAGGUGAAGAAAGCGGCUCUGACGCAGGCCAAGACUCAGCGAAUGAAACAGACCACCGUCUUGGCUCCUGUCAUUGAUCUGAAGAGAGGUGGCUCCAGUGACGACAGACAGAUUGCAGAUACUGCUCCACAUGCUGCUGCUGGGCUCAAGGACACAGUGCCCAGUGGUUUCUCAUCAGGGGAUGUGUUAAUUCCACUAGCAGACGAGUAUGAUCCAAUGUUCCCAAAUGACUAUGAGAAGGUAGUGAAGCGACACAGAGAAGAACGACAACGGCAGAGGGAGCAAGAGCGGCAGAAGGAGAUUGAGGAGAGAGAAAAGAAGAGGAAAGACAGACAUGACGGUGGCGCUCCAAGUGGUUUCUCUCGUUUCCCAGCAGCAGAGGGUGAAUCAGAUGAUGAGGAAGAAUAUGAGAAAGAGCGAAGGAAACGAAGUAUGGGUGGAGCAGCCAUUGCCCCUCCUUCAUCACUUGUGGACAGAGAUGGCUCUGCUUCAUUCUCAUAUGAAGAUGAGGGUCGGCCUGCCAGGGGUUCAAAGGCUGCCAUUCCUCCACCUAUUUAUGACGACUCAGACCGACCACGUUCACCACCCGGACCAACCAGCUCCUUCUUGGCAAAUAUGGGAGGUACAGUGGCCCAUAAGAUCAUGCAGAAGUAUGGUUUCAAAGAAGGUCAAGGCCUGGGGAAGCAUGAGCAGGGACUCAGCACAGCGCUGUCUGUCGAGAAAACCAGCAAGAGAGGUGGAAAGAUCAUUGUAGGAGAUGCUGCAGAAAAACCAGGGUCCAGCCAGUCAGCUGAGACUUCAGGCGGAGGUUCUGCAGCUGAUCCUUCCAAGAAGUCGGAGACAAAUCCACUUACAGAGAUCCUCAAAAACCCAACCAAGGUGGUGCUGUUGAGGAACAUGGUGGGCCGUGGAGAGGUGGAUGAAGACCUAGAAGGGGAGACAAAAGAAGAGUGCGAGAAGUACGGCAAAGUAGUUAAAUGUGUCAUAUUUGAGAUUGCAGAUGUGCCAGAUGAUGAAGCAGUCAGGAUAUUCUUGGAGUUUGAGAGGGUGGAGUCGGCUAUCAAAGCUGUGGUGGAUCUGAAUGGACGUUACUUUGGUGGGCGAGUCGUUAAGGCGUGUUUCUACAAUCUAGACAAGUUCCGGGUUUUGGACCUUGGUGAGCAGGUUUGAGGUCUCCCUGGCCAGUUGAGGAAACUUCGGCAGACACUAUGGACAUGCAUCAUCUCUUGUACAUAAACCUUUUUUUUUUUUUUUUUUUAAUAGUUCCUGAACAGCAGUGAAGUGUCUUUAUGUAGUGAUGAGCCCACAGUUUUUUCCUGUGAUAAAAGUACCUUUAUGACAAAGUAAAAUGUAUAAACUGUAUGUUGCUUUGCUUUUUCUUUACACACUUCUUGGAAAUACAUUGAAAAUACUUUUUAC